GCUCAACUAAAAUCAUUUUUGGAUGACCUGAGAAUAUUCCGUCAAAACCUUACAUAGAUUAGCGAAUUACAUAGAUGCUCUCUAAAAGACCUCCCAAAAUCAAUCAUAAGAUAUGCGGGGAUUAUACUUCAUCAACAUCAGUUCCGAAUAACCCAACGAUAUCUCGUCAAAACGUUGUAUAGAUUAGGGUGCUUUCUGUAUCUGGAAGACGAUUACGGAAAGUAUGCGUGUAUACUCCAAUGCGAUCUCUUGGAUUUAUGGCCUGAUUUUAUUAUUAAAUCCCGCUUUUCCUGCUAAUUAAUAUUUUUAACCUAUCAGCGAUCACGCUGGAUUCAACUUUAUCUCAUGCUUUCAUUAAAACAGUAUAUAUACUCGAAAGCUUUUGAAAGCAUUAGAAUUUUCGAUUUUUUUCAUGAUUCCCGAAUUUAUUUUUUUGCAGUUUUUUUUACAGCAUCGACGAGUUCAUCGUACUUAAUAAUGAAUUUCUACGAAGAAUUUGUUAUUACGCGACCAGUAUUCGGUGGGUUAAUAUAUAGCACUACCGCUGAAUCCCAUAUUAUAUUUUGUUAUCCCAAGUCCCAAUAAGAUAACACGUCACAUAGACGUCUAUGAGAGCUCUAAGGAAAUGUGUGUAAUUGAAGGUACGCGAGUGCGCCUUAGUGAGCCGUGACAUAGUGACCGUUACCAAGGGCCUGUUAUACGUGUUGUUUAUUAGCAACACGUAAGGUUCUCAUGUAUGUUUGUAAAAAUUGUGCGGCGAGACUUUCACAGACCAUUUUGCAAAGGUAAGUUAGUUUAAAUCAUCAUUUAUUACUAUUUGACAACAUAAAAAAGUUCAACGCAAUUUUUUCUAUGGUUUGGUAAUUUGAAAGAAAAUGUUUUGAAAAAAAUACAACAAAAUUUAGUUCGUUUUUCUCCUCGAUGAGAUUUAUUUUUUACUUUCGUAAGAUGGAAAAAAAUCCGGUCAUUUCUUAGUAAUUCAUUGGAUUGUACAAAAAACAUUUUUUUAUCGAGAAUGUUUAAACUAUACUUUCUUUAAAAGACGAAGCAAAUAAAAAGCACGCGUAAGGGAAUAUACACGAAAAAAUAUUUUUGGACUGGAGCAUUUUCAUUCAAUGGGAUUUGGUUCGAUGAUGAAAGUUUUUUCUACAUAUGUUUAUUGAUAUUUCAGGUGAUACAAAAAAAAACGAUUUUGGGGAACCCUGUGAAAACUUCAACAGGGAUUGAGCCAAUUACGAAAGCGGUUUUGGGUGCCAGAAAAUUUUGGCUCGGCAACGAGAAUAUUCACGUACUGACGAUCAACGAAGAUCACUCGUUACGCGUGGAGCUCAAAGACUUCGAAGGAAUCAAGGGAUGGAAGGGCGUAAAAGAAAACGUGAAACAGAAAUUUGUGAAAGACAACGUCGCAGACGGAUUAACCAAAUUAUAUGCAACUGGGAAUGUGAAUCUUCUUAUGAAGUACCAGAAAUUCAAUGCCCACAGUACUCUAUUUCUGACUCAACACCAAAUUCUCAAAAUAAUGACAUAAUCUGUCAUAAUAAUACGUGUGAUUUUUCAACUCCGUCGGUCGAAAACCAUGCUUCUGUUCUACCAUUAGAUCGCUCUUACCAAACUAAUUUUUAUCCAGAUAGAAAUGAGAACAUUGAUAAUAAUAUCCCUGCAAGUCCAAUUAUAGAAGUUUCUUCUGUAAAAAGCGUGAACGAAAAAUGUGAAGACGUGGAUUUUUUUACUGCCAAAUUGAGAAAGUGGGCUGUUGAAGAAAGAAUUUCGCAUAUGAGCUUGAAGAAAUUGCUACUUUUAUUACGAUCCAUCCCAGUUUAUCUACCGAAUUGCCUUGUGAUCCUCGAACACUUUUGAAAACUAUGCGGCGGACCGCAAUUCGAGAAGUAUUUCCUGGUCACUAUUAUCAUUUCGGUCUUGCCACAAGUAUACGUGAUGUUUGUCAUAGAAUGAAAAACUUUAAUCUUGAAGAAAUUGCUCUUGCUAUAAAUAUUGACGGAGUCCCGUUGUUUGAUUCUUCAACGGCCUCGCUGUGGCCAAUUUUGGGGAACAUUAUACCUUAUAAAGAAGUAUUCAUGAUUGGAGUAUAUUAUGGACAAAAAAAACCUGAGGACCCGAAUGAAUUUUUAAGUCAAUUUGUCGAAGAAGCCGUUGAAAUUUAUGAAAAUGGUAUUAUGAUAAGGGAAAAACUGUACAAAUUUUCCAUCAAAUUAAUUGUUUGCGACGCUCCAGCAAAAUCUUUCGUUUUGGGUGUCAAAGGCUGUACUGGAUUCCACAGCUGUACAAAAUGUGUAACGAAAGGGAAAACAUUGAAAUAUCGCAGGUGUUUUCCCAAAUUAAAUGCUACGAGACGUACCGAUGCAACAUUUUUGGAGUAUCGCGAUAAGAAAUAUCAUGAGUGCAAAACAUGUUUAGACAAUAUUCCAGGAGUGGGGCUGGUAUCAAGUGUCACUCUUGAUUACAUGCAUCUGAUACUGUUGGGUGUUGUAAAAAGAUUGUUGCUCCUAUGGCUUCAUGGCGAUAACUCUUAUAGACUUGGCCGCUUACAGAUUAAAAAAAUCUCAAAACUGCUCAAAAAUAUAAGGCUCUACAUUCCAAAUGAUUUCGGUCGAAAACCCCAAAGUUUGGAGUUCGUUAAAUUGUGGAAAGCUAUUGAAUUUAGGCAAUUUCUUCUCUAUACGGGGCCAAUCGUUUUACGAAAGGUUUUGUCAGAUGGAAUGUAUAAUCACUUUAUGACCCUCCACGUUCUGAUAAGAAUAUUAUGCGAAGUAGAACAGCAUCAGGAUAAACUCGAUUACGCUGAGAAUCUUGCAAAACACUUUAUCCGAUCGUUCGGAGAAAUAUAUGGUGUCCAUCUCAUAACGCACAAUGUACACGGUAUUAUCCAUUUGGUGGAAGAUGCGAGAAUACAUGGAUCAAUUGAAAAAUUUAGUGCGUUCAAGUUCGAAAAUUUUAUGCAAACAUUGAAAAAAAUGGUACGAAAACCUGAUAAACCCCUGCAACAAAUAGCCCGGCGCUACGGAGAAAUUCAAACGGCUAAAACUACCUGUUCAGAUAACAAUGAGAUCUCUGAUGAUUUGAAUUUAAUUGCAAGUUCUUCUCAUAAUGAAGGACCUCUCCCUGAGAGUUGCUGCAACCCUCAGUAUAAAAUAAUAAGAUCGUCAAAAUUUACUAUCAGGGCUGGUGGGCAAGCCGAUAGUUGCUGUAUUCUUAAAAAUGGUGACAUAUUUACGGUUUCCAAUAUAGCAACUUGUCGAGACACCCAGGAAUUAAUGAUCAUCGGUCGAAAACUCGCAUUCGAAGAUAAUUUUUUUAAUAUUCCCUGCCCAUCAUUGGCUCUAGGAAUAUAUAAAAUGAAAAACAUUAGCAAUCAACAAUUAUCUUUACACCCGCUUAGUGAUAUUAUUAACAAAUGUGUAAAGCUCCCAUACAAAUCAUCAUUUGUUAUCUUUCCUUUUCUACAUACCAAUAACCACUGAAUUUGAGAAAAAAGUUUCUAAUAUUCAGAGAGAACGAUGGAUAAGAAUAAGAAGU